AGAGUGGGGCUCCCAACCCCGACUCCCCGCUUUUGCCCUCCGCAACCGAAGCUGGGCGGGGAGAGGAGUCUCCCCAACUCCUCUCGCCUCUUUGGAGCCCUCCUCCUCCUCCUCUCAGCUCUGCCCCCCAAAGCUGCCCCGGCAUGUGGAGAGCGCCGUGGGGGCUCCGGAGGGGCACCCGGAGCUAACCGCCCUCCUUCCCUCCCUCCCUCUCUUCCCUUCUCUUCUCCCAGGAGGGCAGGGAGAGAUGCCAGGGGCCAAGACCGCAUGCCGCCCCCGCCAACGCCGCCCCCAGCUCUUCCUCCUCCUGCUCCUGCUCCUCUUCCUCCUGGCCUCGGACCGGACCCCCCGCGUGGAAGGCAGCCCCGUCGGAGGCCGAAGGAGCCGCGCCAGAGACUCUUCCUGGGCUUCUUCGCGGGUGGACAGGAAGGCGCUGCUGGAGCUGCUCCUCAAAGCCCUGGCCGAACGGGACGGAGGCAGCCUCCAGGUGGCCCCGCAGCAUCCCCUCGGAGCAGAACGGGUCAUCGCCCGACGCUACACCGCCCCCGUCGCCCCCGCCGGAGCCCUUUACCCUCCGCCGGCGCCCCUGGAGCAAGACGCCAGGAUGCCCUUCUCCUCCUCCUCCUCCUCCUCGUCUUCCUCCUCCAGGGAGCGGGCGUCCCGGUACUUCACCUCUUCCAGACACUCAGAGGUAUUUCCAAGGGAUUCCAACUUAAAAGACAAGUUCAUAAAACACUUCACAGGUCGAGUUACAUUUUCAGCUGAAUGUAGUAAGCAUUUCCACCGGCUAUAUCACAAUACACGGGAUUGCUCAACACCAGCCUAUUAUAAAAGGUGUGCGAGAUUGCUGACAAGGUUAGCAAUGAGUCCACUGUGUACACAGCCAUAGAAGGCCUGUUAUGUGAAAUGCAGUGUGAUGACUGAUGUUUCAGAUGUUCCUGCUAAGAUUGAACUGUGGUUUGCCAAGAAAGUGCCUUGAAUUCUAUCCCAAGACAAUAGAGAAGACAUCACAUCCUUUUUGAUUUGCAGCAUCUUUUGCUACCAGAAGCAUUUUAUUUUCAUACAUCUUGGACAUUCCAUGUUUAUGUGAAAGAACUUAUUUUAUUUGAAUUUGUAAAUAUGUUGCCUAUAGCUCAAAUAAGCCAAUUUAUUUAAAUAUGUUGUAUAUAAAGACUACUAAUAAUAUACUAAUUAAAUAUAAUAAUUAUAUGCAGGGAGUUGGUUAGUGUUUGCUGUUCUCUUGUUUCAUAAUAUGUACACCAUGUUGCUCAGGCUCUUUCUUUCAUUAUUUGCACUAACUUGAAAUGCAGAAGUCUGUGUAACUGAAAUCUGAAUAAAUUGCAGGAGUGGAAAAUAUAUUAUGAAGCUUUGGUAAUAUAUAUGCCUACAUAGUAUAUAUAUUAUUGCACAUCAGAACAAAAUGCUAAGAAAUGCACAUUGCUUUGGGGAACAUUUGUAAAGCUGUUCUGAAUUAUCAUCAGUUGUUUUUGUACUGGCACUUAUGGAAAGAGUUGCAAAUAAUGUAAAUAAAAAAGACUGGAAGACUGCAAUGCAGUUUUGGUGGAAUA